AUGAGACACAGAGAGACAAACGGAGACACAAGGAGACAAAAGGAGACAGAAUAUACAAAAGGAGACAAAAGGAGACAGAAAGAGACGGGAGGAGACAAAAGGAGACAAAAGGGACAUAAUAUACAAAAGGAGACAGAAAGAGACAAAAGGAGACAGAAAGAGACAAAAGGAGACAGAAAGAGACAAAAGGAGACAGAAAGGGGCAGAAGGAGACAGAAGAAGAGACAGAGAGAGACAGAGAAAGACAGAAAAAAAGAGAGACAAAGAGAGACAGGGAGAGACAGAGAAAGAACGAGAGACAGACAAACAGAGACAGAGAGAGACAAAGAGAGACGGAGAGACAGACAAAGAGAGGCAGAGAGACAGACAAAGAGAGACAGAGAGACAGACAAAGAGAGACAGAGAGAGAAAAAAAGAGACACAGACAGAGAAAGAGACAGAGAAAGGAGGAGACAAAGAGGGACAAAGAGAGACAAAGAGAGAGAAAGAAGGAGACAAAGGGAGACAAGGAGAGAGAGACAAAGAGAGAGAGAGAGAAAAGAAAGAGAGAAAGAGACAGACAAAGAAAGGCAGAAAGAGGCAAAGAGAGACAAAGAGAGAAGGAGAAAGAGAGAAGGAGACAGACAAAGAAAGACAGAAAGAGACAGAGAGAGACAAAGAGAGACAAAGAGAGACAAAGAAAGACAAAGAGAGAAAGAAGGAGAAAGGAGACAAAGGGAGACAAAGAGAGAUAGAGAAAGACAAAGAGAGACAAAGAGACACAAAGAGAGACAAAGAAAGAAAGAGAAAGAAACAAAGAGAGACAGAGAGAAACAAAGAGAUACAAAGAGAGGCAAAGAGAAACAAAGAGAGACAAAGAGAGACAAAGAGAGAAAGAGAGAAAUAGAGAAAAAGAAAUAG